UUCCCCCUCGUGGCGUGCGCAACGAUCUAGCACUUCUCGAAUCCCCACUCUUCCUUCUGCGGUUCCACGCCCAUCCCUGCACACGAAGCCUGGAAUAGCCCUCCCCCUGCUCUGCCACCUCCUCGGAUCCCGAUCGCCCCCCCGCAGACAACAACAGAUCGAUGGAGGCCAAGAUGGAACGCUUCUUCGAGUCCGUGGGCAAUUUCUUCACCGGAGGCGACAACAUCCCCUGGUGCGACCGCGACCUCAUCGCCGGCAUUGAAAGAGAGCUUGCCGACGCUGCAAAUGAUGAACAGAGGAAUGCUAGCCUUAUGAGGUUAUCAUGGGCCCUUGUGCACUCCAAGCAGACAGACGAUGUAAACCGUGGAAUCAGCAUGCUUCAAGCUUCUUUGGAUAAUUCUGGCAGUCCUCUGGAGACUAAGGAAAAGAUGUACCUGUUGGCAGUUGGGCUCUUCAGGAUUGGCGACUACUCAAAAAGUAGGCAACUUGCAGAUCGCUGUUUGGAGAUUCAACCUGACUGGAGGCAGGCCAUGUCUCUGAAGAAAGCAAUAGAAGAUAAAAUUGCCAAAGAUGGUGUGAUUGGCAUAGGAAUCGCAGCAACUGCCGUGGGACUUCUGGUUGGUGGAAUAGCUGCUCUUGCCAGGAAGAAGUGAGGCGAAUAUAUUGGACCAGCUCAUUGAACUAGGAGAGGUCCCGUCUAUAAUUACAUAUCUUCUGUUGUUGCCUUGGUGAUAUUACAGUCGAAUCGCAACAGUCUUUAUGUGUACAAACACAAAAAAAAAAGCUUGGAUGAUAAUAGUACUCUUGAGACACCAUAGCUUUUGUUAAUUAAUUGGUUUUCCCAUC